UCAAGAUGGCGGCGCACAUGGAGUUUUUGUGUUCUUUUUAUUCCUAAAUUUAUUUUCUUAAACCUCACGAAUCUAUUGAAGAUUGUUAUUAACUUUUUCGAAAUCACAAUGAGCUUAUUUGGGCGUUUCGCUAGGACAUUUUUGCAAAAUGUCAACAAGAGAACGUUGCUCCCUCUCCGUCCUCAGAUGGCAAUUCGGUUUGUUCACCGUCCAGUGGCCCUUUCUCCUGCUCCAGCACCGAUUGUCCCGAAUAUCGAAGAUCUGCCUCAAUUUGGUACCUUCAGCCCUUCUGUCUGUCAGUUUAUAGCUGAAAGGCAGCACGAAAAUAGCAACUCUAGGAUCAAAUCAUGGGUGACAAGACUAGCUGAUGAAAAACCAGUUGGUUUAAUUGACUUGAAUGAGUUUGUAUUCGGAGAGAAUCCAAGAAUUGAUAUAUUGCAUAGGGUUGUAGUAUGGCAACGAGCCAAACGCCGAGCAGGAACUGCUUGUGUGAAAGGACGGAGUGAAGUCAGAGGUGGCGGAAGAAAACCAUGGCCCCAGAAAGGACAUGGUAGAGCACGACAAGGAAGCAUCAGAGCACCGCAAUUUAGAGGAGGUGGAGUUGUUCAUGGACCUAAACCAAAAAGUUAUGCAUAUACUUUACCAAAGAAAGUCAGAAGGAUGGGACUAAGAGUUGCUCUCUCUGUGAGAUAUGCACAGGGAGAUCUUCAUAUUGUUGAGUCUUUUGAAGACAUUGAAGAUGAAAAGGAUUUAAUUCCCAUUCUUGACAAAAGAGGAUGGAAAUCUGCUGUUUUAGUUGAUAGUGUACCUAAUCCCAGUCUUAUUGGUGCCAGUGAAGAUCUUGAAAAAAUCGAUGUCUUCUAUAGUGAAAAUGUAAAUGUGUACAGUAUUUUAUUAAGACAUAACUUAGUUCUAUCGCUCGAUGCUGUUAAACAACUGGAAGAGAGAUUGGUGGAAGAUGAUCGGAUAAUUCAAAACCACUUUGAAUAAAUGCAUUUGUAAAAAAAGAUCUUUAUUAAUAAUAAAAUAUAGAAAAUGGCUGA